UCGCUGAGUGCGAUACACUUCUAUCCAUCUCACUCGCGAGGAAGGUAGUUGCACAUUACCGACUAUCAGCAGUCGCUACCGGAGACGCAUGAGAAACACCGAGUGAAAGCCGCGAAACAGUACGAGGAGCCAGCAAAGGUGUGCUUGACUCAAAAGUACGGAAAGGAGGAAACUUCGCAUAAACUAUGGCCGUAUCAGCAACUCCUCCGGUGCUUUCACCGACCUCCACUCCCGGGGGCGCGAGCAGCCUGUUCCGUCCCGACUCUCUGUACUCCAGCCCGGCCGAGUCCCCGCGACUGACCAGCAGCAUGAUCAACUCUUUCAUCACCGGCACCGGCGGCGGCGGCGGCGGCGGCAGCACUAACGGGAACGGGCCCGGCGGUGUCCACAAUAACGAGUGUAAGAUGGUGGAGGUGCACGGGGUGAAAGUGGCCUCGUUCACCGUGGACGGUCAGGAGCUCAUCUGCCUCCCGCAGGUGUUCGACCUGUUCCUGAAGCACCUGGUCGGCGGGCUGCACACCGUCUACACCAAGCUGAAGCGGCUGGAUAUAUGUCCGGUGGUGUGCACGGUGGAGCAGGUGCGGAUCCUGCGCGGACUUGGGGCCAUUCAGCCGGGCGUGAACCGGUGCAAACUCAUCACCCGAAAAGACUUCGAGGCGCUUUAUAACGACUGCACCAAUGCCAGUUCUCGGCCCGGUCGUCCUCCCAAGCGUUCUCUCGGCGUGGCGAUGCAGGACAGCUCUCGUCUGCUUCCUCACAGCGUUCACGGGCUGCUCUCUCCCGGUCUGCUCUCCCCGACAGGUCUAACAGCAGCAGCCAUGGCUGAAGCUAUGAAACUCCAGAAAAUGAAACUGAUGGCCAUGAACAACAUUCACGGAGCAGGAAGCCAGAACGGUACUGAGUCAGAGAACGAGGAGAUGAACUCCAGUGCAGGCGGCAGCGAGUCGUCCUGGGAUAAAGAGAAACUCCAGUCCCCCCCCUCCUCCGGAGCCCAGCAUGGUCUGGCUCACGCCGGUCUCUCCGCUCAGCACGGCCUGUCAGGGUCUCAUCUCUCUUCCCUACAGCAGAGUCAUCUCCUGGCUAACCUUUUCAGUCACGUGACUGGCGCAGAGACCUGGAGGGCAAAACAUCCACAGAACUGCAGCACAGGGCUGGACCUGCCGUUUAUGAUGAUGCCCCACCCCCUGCUGCCUGUCAGUCUGCCGCCUGCCUCCGUUGCCAUGGCGAUGAACCAGAUGAACCACCUGAACACCAUCGCCAACAUGGCCGCAGCUGCUCAGAUGCACAGCCCCCUGUCCAGAGCAGGAGCGUCCGUCAUCAAGGAGUGUGUACAGGACAGUCCGUCUCCUGUUCCGUCUCUGGAGGAAACCCAUCGUCCCGGAUCACAGCCCUCUUCCCACCCCAGCAGUAGUGUGUCCAGCUCCCCAAACCCACACACACAGAGUCCUGAACGCCUGGUUUUGAACCCAACCGAUGGAGAACUGCCAGAACGAGACAGCGGCAUCAAUAUGAAGAAAAUCCUUAAAGAGAAAGAUGAGGCUCAGUUAGCUUUGCCCAUGCAGAAACCAGGGUUCGAGAAGCUGCCUCUGGGCACUCAGACUCUUCCUCCAGGCUUCCCCGCACCCUUCCUGUUUGCAGAUGGCCUCUCUUCCGUGGAGACAUUGCUCACUAACAUCCAGGGUCUGCUGAAGGUGGCCGUGGAUAAUGCCCGUGUGCAGGAGAAACAGGUGCAACAGGAACGCAAGGAGUUAAAGAUGGAGCUGUACAGAGAAAGAGAGAUGAGAGAGAGUCUGGAGAGACAACUCACCUCUGAACUGCACAGCCGAGCCACUAUUCAGAAGCGUCUGAAGAAGGAAAAGAAGGCGAAGAGGAAACUGCAGGAGGCUCUGGAGUUUGAGUCCAAGAGGAGAGAGCAGGUGGAACAGGCGCUCAAACAGGCCACAUCUCCUGAGAGUCUCCGCAUGAGUCUCAACGAGGCAGUGAUACCAGAGGUGAAGUCUGAACAUAAUGGCAGCCAGCAGGAGAACUCAGCUGUACAAGAAAACAGACCCUACUCCAAACCUCCCAUCAUGUACUGAAGCCUCUGGCAUCUUUAGUCCCACGACAGCUCAGCUCAGCGCAGCCCACAGACGGACGGGGCCACGUGGAGAGGGGUUUGUGGGGCUUUUUCCCCAGAGGAAAAGUGGUGCGGGUGCUGAAGACCAGGCACCUGAACCCGUGUACAGGACUUGAGUGUGUAUGUACGUGUAUGUGUGCGUUUGCGGUCCUCAUGAGACGCGUGUGUGUGUCUGGAGCACUGCUUGUUGGCGACCUUUCAACAGCACAUGCACCGACUUGUAAAAAAAAAUGUCUUUCUCUCUUGUUUUGACUACUUCUACAUCCCACACUUUUUUGAGAUUAAAAGAAGUGUUUUUUUUUUGAUUAAAAUGUCAUUACCUGAUGAAUUACCCUUCUUUAUGUGAAGCACACAGCAUCACCCUAAUCUAAACCUAUCUUCAGUUUGUUAUUAUUAUUAUUAUUAUUAUUGAGUGUUAUCUGCUGAUCCCCCAUGAUUCUGUGCACCAGUGAUUCUGAACAGCACAACAGUCUUGACGAGUCUGUGGAGAACUUUGUCCACAGCACCUCUACAUGAAAGGGACAAAAGAGACAAAUAUUAUGUGGACAGACUCCAAAUAAGACACAUGUGCUUCUUUAAUAAACAUUGUCUACAUUUGUUGUUUUGCCUUUAAGAAAGGGAUUCUAUAUCAACAUUUCCUUUUUUUCCCUAAUUUGUUGUAUUUUUUUUAGAAAGUGUAGAAAUAUUUUCCUCAUGUUGUCUUUUCCCUGCCCUAUGUUUAUUAUUCUGGUGUUUAUUUUAUUAUCUGGUUUGUUGUUUUCCAUUGUAUUUUAAUCAGCAUUUCAAACAGAUGCUCAAGUGAUCUUGAAACAAACGUUCUUUGUACGUCUUUGCUGUCUUACUUUGCCCCGCGACAAUGUUUUCUCUAUUGCUCCUUAACUUAAAAAGUAAAAAAAAAAAAAAAAAAAAGAAAAAAAAAAAAGAAGUGUUCAUUUGAUGUUGCUAUAAACACAGUAUUACAGUACUCCCCCUUCUGUUUUUACCCAUUUAUAAAGACUUGUAAAAAUGCUUUAGCGUUUGCUAUCCUUACGUUGUUAUUACGUGGAUACAUUUUUAGUGACGAAAAAGAGACGAGAAGUACCCUUAUGCACAUCCAGAGCGAGCAUGCUUGUAAAUACAACGAUGAAAAAUGACACGUAUUGAUUGAAAAUAAAACGCUGCCUCUUCAAAUCUAUUUUUAAACAUUUCUAGCGACUCCAUAGGUAAUGCAAUCACAAAUCGGCAGCUAUCAAUGAUGUUGAAUCUUGUUUUAAAAUGGCAACAGACACUUAUCACAGCCUUGCACAUGCCACAACGAAUAAAACACCCCUAUGGACAUCUUGGUAGGUUUUGUUUUGUUUGUUUUUUUUCCUUUGAGUAAUAAAAUUAAGAUGGAAACA